AUGAAUCCAAUUUUAAAAUCCAAUUUAAAACGAAUUGGAGAAAUUUUACUAACAGAUGAUAAUGAAAUUGAUGAUCCUAUCAAUGAAGAUUUAGAAUCGGAUUCAGAUGAUAGUGAUUAUGAAGCUGUUGUUCCAGAUUCAGACGACACAUCCACCGACGAACACAUAUCUAAUCAAUACGAUUCAUCAGAUUCUGAUGUUGAUCAGAACAAUUCUCUAGUAUCUCAACCAUCAACGUUAGAAAAGAAUGAAAUUGUAUGGUCUAUUGAUCCAAAUCCAGUACAAGGUCGAAUAGGUGCUGCUAAUAUAAUGAAAAAGAAAGCAGGAUGUAUUGCUAAAGUUCAUACUAUUCUUGAUUGUUUCAAGCUUUUCAUUACAAAUGAAAUUCUUGAUGUAAUUGUCCUUCAUACAAAUCGAUAUGCUGAACGAUAUUUUGAUCAAUUAAAAACAAUACCUGACUAUUCCGGAAUCAAAACACAUAAAAAUCGUCAGUGGAAAUCAAUUGAUCGAAUUGAAUUAGAAUCUUUUAUUGCAUUGUUAAUACAAAGCGGUCUGAAUCAUAGUAAUCAUGAUUUAUUGAACGAAUUAUGGGAUAUCAGUCAAAGUCGACCAAUAUACAGAGCAACCAUGUCUCUUCAACGAUUUAAAUAUAUACUUCAGUUUCUUAGAUUUGAUGAUCGAUAUACUCGAGACACAUCUGAUCGUCUUUCUCCUGUCAGAUAUAUAUUUGAAAGUUUUGU